GAAAUAUUUCUCUCCAAAAUCAGACUUCCACAGACUGUCUGAAUCCAAGCUGUUAACUGUCUGAAGAUGCAGAACGUCUCCUCACACCAGCAGUUUAUCCUCAAUGGUUUUGAAGAACUCGGGGAACUGAGGCCGGUCCUCUUCAUCCCGUUCUUCCUCAUGUUCAUCGUGGCUCUGCUGGCUAACACCCUGCUGCUCUAUGUGGUCAUUUCUCAGAGGAGCCUUCAUCAACCAAUGAGCAUCCUUAUUGCAGGCAUGGCUUUACUUGAACUCUGCCUCCCAGUAUUCUUUGUUCCCAACAUGCUGCUGAGCUUCCUGUUUGACUGGAAGGGAAUAACUCUGAUUGGCUGCCUGGUUCAGAUGCACUUUAUUCACUUCUUUGGAGCUUUUCAGUCCACCUUCCUGGUAUGGAUGGCUGUGGAUCGUUACUUUGCAAUUUGUACGCCACUCUACUACCAUGAGGUAAUGGCGCUGGAGAGAUUCCUGAAGUUUAUCAUCCCGUUUGCUGUCAGAAAUAUGCUCCUCAUCACUCUGUUUGUGGGCCUGACUGGAAAGCUUUCGUUCUGCAGAAACGUGAUGAACCACUGUUUCUGUGAGCACAUGGCCUUGGUGGAGAUGGCUUGUGGAAGCACUACCAUUAGUAAUCUUUUAGGUUUGAUUGCUGUCUUCCUCAUCCCUGUUUUUGACUUCCUAUUCGUCACUGUCUCUUACAUUCUGAUAUUCAGCUCCAUAUGGAGGUCCAGCAGCACCAGUGCCAAAGCGUUGCACACUUGCAUGACUCAUGUGAUGGUGAUCACUCUCACCCUCACAGUGGCGCUUACUGCCUUCCUCUCAUAUCGAAUUAAGAACGGCCUCCCUGUAUCUGUCCGUGUGUUCUUCAGCACCAUGUACCUGUUGUUACCAAGCUGCUUCAACCCAAUAAUCUACGGUAUCGGAACCGCUGAGAUUAGACAGCACAUUCUGAAGACGCUGGCACGCUGGACACACUCAGUCCAAACACAAGCUAAAUAA